AUGCCUCGCUCUUUCUUGGUGAAGAAAGUCAAACUGGACGAUUUUUCAGCUGCGGAGCUAGAGAGAUCGUACGGUCACAGCCGAAGAGAGUCGCUCAGCCUGCGAUUCCACCACCAUGAUAAAGGCUACGUCAGCGACUAUCUGAGUACAAACCCGUACGAUGAUGUGGUGGAAGGUGACUCAUCUGUCAUCUCUAAAGUACCCUCCCCAAGCCACUCUGACAUCCACAGUGACAUCCACAGUGACAUCCAUGGAGAUUCAGACCAGCCAGACAGCCCGAGGUCGGAGGUCUCGUCCUCGGCCGGCGGCUACAUCAACGGGGACGCGGCCGUUAGCGAGGGCUACACAGUGGACGCCUUCUUCAUCAUGGACGGGCGAUCGCGGAGGAAAGCCGCAGAAAGCCCCCGAGGAGCCAUCCAGAGGCACACCUGCAGCGAGUGCGGCAAAACCUACGCCACCUCCUCCAACCUGAGCCGGCACAAGCAGACGCACAGGAGCAUCGACAGCAAAAUGGCCAAGAAGUGCCCCACCUGCGGGAAAGUGUACGUGUCCAUGCCCGCGAUGGCCAUGCACCUGCUGACCCACGACCUCAAGCACAAGUGCGACGUGUGCAGCAAGGCGUUCAGCCGGCCGUGGCUGCUGCAGGGCCACAUGCGCUCGCACACGGGCGAGAAGCCGUUCGGCUGUGCACACUGUGGGAAGGCCUUCGCCGACCGGUCAAACCUCCGCGCUCACAUGCAGACGCACUCGGCCUUCAAACACUACAAGUGCAAACGCUGCGACAAGACCUUCGCGCUCAAGAGUUACCUGAACAAACACUACGAGUCCGCGUGCUUCAAGGGGGCGUUCUCCCCCAUGAGCUCGUUGGGGGAAUGA